AUGCCCAUGGAACGACCGCCGCCCAGGAGCGGUAGCAGUGCGGUGGGGACCGGUGGGUAUGGCGUGGGCAGGAGUAGCGGCUUGGGAGGGGGCGGUGGUGCUGGUGCUGGGGGGAUGAUGGCUAGCCGGUUUGCUUUCCAGGGAAAUGCUGGUUCUUCCAGCAGUGGUAACAGUGCUGCUACGUCUGAUGGUGCAGGUGCAGGCGGCACUACUGCUGCCUUUCGUGCUGGCACAGACACUUCUAUGGGUGGGAGCAUGGGAGGUGGCAUUGCAGCAGCACGAACAGCAGGAGUCGCAGCAGGAGGGGCAGCAGCUGGGGUAGCAGCAGGGACAGCGGGCAGCGGGUCAGGGGCAGGGGAGCUACUGGAUUCCAAUGUGGCUGAUCUGGUGGCCGCAUGGCUGUCAGAAGAGAGUCCCAGCGGUGUGGAUGGGGGCGGUGCAGGAGGCGCACAGCAAGGGAGUGUGGGGGGAGCGCAGGGGAUGGGAGGGGUGGUGGGUGGGGUUGCGAUUGGGGGUGAGAUGGUACAACCGGGGGAGAAUUCACGGCCAAGUUUGGCGCAGUUGCAGCAAGCAAUUGGGGAGCAGCUCAAGGGGACUGGGCCUGAGUCUUUGUUCCCCUCGCCUGGGAUUUUCCCUGACUCGUCCGGACAUCACUUUGGUAGAAGUGUUUCACGGCGUUAUGAGCCGUACACGAAGGAGACUGUCACGAAGGAAGAUGCGACGGACAGCUUUAUGACUUUGUAUGCAGCGAUUACAGUAGAGGUGGAGGAGGUGAUCGAGAAAUCAAAUGCAGCUGUUAUUGAGAGAAACCUGGCCAAGGUUGCGGUCCUCAAUGCUGAGAUCAGGCGAGCUAAAGACAUUCUGCAGAAGGAAAUUCAACGACUCGAGAAGCUCGCGCAUCGGAAGGUCAAAGGAGUUUCCCCUGACGAGGCUGCGAAGAGGCCAGACAUCGUCAGAACGCUCUUGGAAAAGGUUCUGGCGAUUCCUGAUGGCAUUGCGAGAGGAGGUGGGAGGACCAUCGCAUCUGCACGGGGUGUUUCAGACGUCCAGAUCGACGCUCUCGAAAUGGGCGACUCUGGACCAACAGGGGAUCAUUUUGUCUCAACGGCUGAGUCCAGGGCAUUUAGAAGUGAAUAUACCCGCCGAGUCCAGAAGCAGGAUGUCGAGCUGGAGUACAUCUCUAGCGGUCUUGAGAAACUGAGGCAUCUUGCCCAAGACAUGAAUGAAGAAAUGGAUCGUCAAGAACCAAUGCUAGAAGCAGUAGAGAACAAGGUCAACUCGACAACACAAACGCUGAGGAACAAUAAUAAGAGGUUGAAGGAGAUUCUGACAGAGGUUCGGUCACCACGGAAGUUCUGCAUUGACCUUAUUCUUAUCCUUGUGCUUCUUGGAAUUGGAGCGUACCUCUAUAGUGCUCUCAAGUGA